CUCUCCCCCACCUCUCCAUCACGAGACAGCGCGGCGAAUUGCGCGGAGCUUCUACGCCAGUUCGCGGUGUAAUGCGCGGCCAUGGGGCUCCAAGGAAAUAAGGCGACGCACGACUUCCUCUCGCUGUACGCGCCGGCCGCCAAGGAGUCCUCGCUGCCGCAGCUCCCCGGCGCCAAGCCGCCGCCGACUCCGCCCGCUCAAGGUUUCCUGCUCCGGACGCACGACUUCCUGCAGCCGCUGGAGAGGCCGUCGCAGUCGCCGCCGCCAGCGCCGCAGCAGCCGCCGUCGCACCCCGACACCAAGCAACUCCACAGCCAACACGCGCUGCCCGGCGGCGUGGGCACGUUCAGCAUCAGCCACGCCCCGGCCGCCGUCGCCGCCUCCGUCGUCAAGCAGGAGCCGCCCUUCGCGCUGCAGUGGGGCGCCGCCGCCGCAGACCCUCGAGGCCACCAGUGGACGCUCCCCUUCGCCGCGCGCGGCGUCGCCUCCGCCAGGCCGCAGAGGCAGCAGCAGCAGCAGCCGGCGACGGAGCGCAAGUGCGGCUUCAUGGACGCCGCCGCAUCCGGAUCCAGCGGCGCCGCGGGCUUCGACGACGAGGACGGCCUCGCCGCGCGCCGCGAGGUCUCCUCCUCGCUCAAAGAGCUCGCCGUGAGGGUGGACGCCAAGGGCGGGAGCUGCAGCGGCAGCGCCGGCACGGACCAGCUGCCUAACACGCCGCGCUCCAAGCAUUCCGCCACCGAGCAGCGACGGCGCAGCAAGAUCAAUGACAGAUUUCAGUUACUAAGAGAGAUUCUGCCACAUAAUGAUCAAAAGAGAGACAAAGCAUCAUUUCUCCUAGAGGUUAUUGAGUACAUACGUUUCUUACAAGAGAAGGUGCAAAAGUACGAGGUUUCAUAUCCAGAAUGGAACCAAGAAAAUGCAAAUAUGGUACCAUGGCCAAACAUGUACUUCCGUUCUUUCUGGAAAAAUGGGCAGAACAAGGACCAAUUACCUGGAGAUACUCUGCCUGACCCUUCACAAAUUCUAAAGAAUGGUUCCUCCCCUGGUUUCCCUUUUAUAGUGAAAUCUGAUGACAAUGACAAUGUGGUCGCGUCUGCGGUUCCUUCAGGUGCGCCAGAUCAGGCUGAAGCUGAUCCAUCGGGUAGUAUGUCUUACAAAUCAACUGAAACUCCAAGCCCCAUUAUAAGAGAUAAUGUUACAUCUCAGCAACAAGCUCAUCAGCCAAUAUCAUCACCUGCAGAGCACCGUGGGAUAAACAACGAAAUGUUCAGCAAUCCUGAAUUGGCAAUCGAUGAGGGCACAAUCAGCUUAUCAAGUCAAUAUUCCCAAGAGCUGCUCAGUACAUUGAAUCAUGCACUGCAAAACUCAGGUAUUGAUUUGUCCCAAGCCAGCAUCUCAGUGCAAAUCAAUCUUGGCAAGCGGGCUACAAAGAGAUCUGAUGCUGCACCUUCUGUUUCUACGGAGAUCGUAGACCCAGCGUGUAGUAGUAAAAAAAUGGAUCAUCAGCUAAGGUUGGGUGAUGGUGUUCCAGAACAUCCGCGAGCAACAAAGCGACACAAGUCACAUAACAGCUGAGGUUAUGCCCGUUGAAAGCCAAGAUGGUCCAAUCAUUUUUUGCUCCCGCCUUGCUAUGGAGUGCCUGAAGCUGUAUGUAUAUCAUGUUACCUGUGACAUCUAGGCAAACCAGACCUUGAUGUAUUCUUUCAUUUGAUCACUCCUGCCAUUCUAGUCCCUAGGAAAGGAAGGAAGCUUCCGUUGCAGAUUGUGAAGCUGCUUUUGUCCAUAUGCUUCCAUUCAUAUGAGAAGUUUCAAAUUUCUCCCCUGUCUGACAGUUCUUAUGUAACAUAAUUGGAUGUGAACAAUUCCGCUGAUUCAUGCUGCAGUGUAACUACAUCCCAGAAGAUUGAAGUUUCA